AGACACAGUGACCGAGCGGCGGCUGGUUGCCCGGGAGACAAGAGAAUGGGGCGGGACCCAGAGGAUCGGAAGCUUCCGGCGCCCGAACGGCUGAGGACACUAAGAUUGUCCCUCGGCGGCUGCCGUGGUGCGGCCCUCCAAUUGCCAUGGCGACGGGCUAGGCCAACGGAAUGGGCUGUGCCUGCUGAGCAGAUCCUACUGCUCGAGUGGGGCGCUCUGGCCCCGCCGUGUGAUCUUGGGGCGGGUAACUGGGGGUGUCCGGGCGGGGCAGCUCCAGGGUGGGGAGACGAGGCCGAGAUUUCUCCGAGACUAAGCACGGCGAAGUCCUCACUAGGGAAACCAGAGCACCUGGCCGCCAGGGACUGUGGCUCCCGGGUCGUGACCGGUCUUCUCUCUCCCCGAGACCCGCGUCCGAGUCUUUGGGAGCGGCUGCUUCCUGAACGAACCUGCCCUCGCGCCGGCGGGAGUGAGUGUUCCAUGGACACAGCCUAGCAGAAAGAUGCAGCCUUUAUGUCUCACUGGCCGCUGACCCACCGGCCCGAUGACAGCACCUCUGAGUACAUUCCCAGUCCAGUUCCAACAGCCCUCGGUCAGCGGCCUCUCACAGAUCACCAGCAGCCUGUAUAUCAGCAAUGGGGUGGCCGCCAACAACAAACUUAUGCUCUCCAGCAACCAGAUCACCUCGAUCAUCAAUGUCUCAGUGGAGGUGGUGAAUACCUUAUAUGAGGACAUCCAGUAUGUACAGGUGCCUGUGGCUGACACACCCAUGUCGCGUCUCUGUGACUUCUUUGACCCCAUUGCCGACCACAUCCACAGCGUCGAGAUGAAGCAGGGCCGCACGCUGCUCCACUGUGUGGCUGGUGUGAGCCGCUCAGCUGCCCUCUGCCUCGCCUACCUCAUGAAAUACCACGCCAUGUCCUUGCUGGAGGCCCACACGUGGACCAAAUCUUGUCGGCCCAUCAUCCGGCCCAACAAUGGCUUUUGGGAGCAGCUCAUCCACUAUGAGUUCCGGCUCUUUGGCAAGAACACUGUGCACAUGGUGAACUCCUCUAUGGGACUGAUCCCUGAUAUCUACGAGAAGGAAGUCCAUUUAAUGGUUCCACUGUGAGCCGUGCCACCAGCUCCUGCACCAGGGUCAGAAGUGUGGAUCUGCCGCCAAUCCUACACUAAGAUCUGAACUUAAACAUUCCUUUUGUGAUACAGAAACAAUCAGAUGAUGCCUUUUAUCAGAGCAAUAAAAAAGGAAGCGUGCUGUA